AGUCUCGCAACGAUUCAUCCUUGCUCUUGACUUGGCCGAAAUUCCUCUGUUGGAUACUUUGAACUAACAUAGUAAGUCCUUGACGAUCCUACAUCACAAGUUAUCUGCCGAGGACUUUGUUUGGAUAUUACAAACGCGUUACAUACACUCACACCCGCCAACAUGUCCGUUAAAGACGAUUCGUUCCCUGCCUCCGGCGCCUUCGACGCGAUUAACGAGGCUCUCUCCAACGAAAAUGACCGCAAAGACGCCAUCAAACAAGGCGCUGGCAUCUACGGAUUCACACUCACCAACUCCGCCGGCAAGGAAGCUUCAUGGCACAUUGAUCUUAAGAACGAGGGUAAGGUUGGCAAGGGACUCGGCGGAAAGCCCGAUGUAACCCUCGUCCUCUCCGAUGAAGACUUCGCCAGCCUCGUCGCCGGAAAAGCGAACGCGCAACGACUAUUCAUGGGGGGAAAACUCAAGAUCAAGGGAAACAUCAUGAAGGCCACAAAGCUUGAUCCUAUUCUCAAGAAGUCGCAGACAAAGGCCAAGUUGUAGACUAGAGGGAUCUUGUAUAUAUUCGUAUCAAUGCAUUUUUGGACUUAUUUAUACUAUUGUAUACAGUAGGAAGAAUGUGGACGUAUGGUCUAGUUUCGUGGUAGGUCCAUAUGCAUAGGAAGUCCCUCCUGCCCCGAUCCAUCACGAACACCCAAUAAUCGCUCCUCAUCAUCCGUCAACUUUGUGAAUCCCUCCACUCCUUUGACUACCGCCAGAUCAUACGGUACAUGGCAUCGUUUAUCCCUCAAAGAUGGAUAAUACCGUCUAUACGUGAAAUAUGCCACACUCGAUCCAAGUAUUGCGCCCGCCGUGACGUCCCA